AUGGAAGAUGAAAGUGAAAUUCUGAAGAGAUACGCAAAUAAAACAAACAUAGGAAAGGAUGAAACCAUAACAUUAGCAUCUUUAAAAUAACAAGCAAACAAACUGACUGAAGAAAAAAAGAAGGAACAAAGAAUUAAUUUUAAAAUAUAUAGUUCAGAUGAAGCAGGAUAAGAAAAAUUAGAUUUAUAAUAGUACUUUUGUGCUCUUUGUGGAAAAUUUAUUAUUGCAACUAAUAUAAAAUUAGAAGUUUUGCCAAUUAGAGCAACUGAUCAAGCAAUUGCAGUUGAUCUUUAAAGAGUGUUUGUUAAGCAUUUUUUGAUUAAAGAAGGGUUAAAGAACAUCAAAAGAGAAUAUGGUAUGGAAUAAUAGUUUAGAUGGAAGUGUCAUUGUGAUAUAACAAUUGCUUAUUAAUCAAUAAGAUAUGAUGAAUCUGAAAAAAUAUACGAAGAAAUGCACAUUAAAAGAAAUAAAUAAUUUUAGGGAUUUUAAGUUAGCAAUAAACCAUUCCUGUACAUAAUAAAUGAUGCAAUAGUAAUGGAAGCUAAGGAUUCAAGAUUAGUCAAAGAAAUAUUAUCUAAAAACCCAGACUUGGUCUACUGA